GGGAAGGGGAAGGGGGGAGGUGGGUGGUGGUGGUGGUUGUAGGGAGGCGUGGGAGGUUGCGGAGGGGGCGGAGAGCGGGUUCGUUGCGGUCGUUGAUGAGCUGGUGGACGAUUUCCGGUCGUGUUUUGCCGAAAAUAUUCUCAGCAUCACAGUGGCACUAUACACAAUACUCGGCCUGGUGUGGCAACAAUGGAAAAUACAGCACAAGAUUGCUCACUGCCGACUGGAAUGCCCAGAUAAUCUGGAAGAUGCGAAUGGAGCUGGCCUACCAGUGGGAGAUUGUCAUCGAGGAGAUCGACGCCCUCUUCAACACUCUCCUGGCCGCCAUCGAAGAGCAGUUUGACGCGGUUGAGUACGCCUUCUCGAAUGCACCCAUGGCUCAACAGAUCCGCCAUCAACUGUUAAGCGGGUUCCGCCCAAGACUCGAGGGUUGCAAAUACGCAGUGACUCGAGCCAAGGAGGAAUUCGCCCACGAAGUGACCAUCCUCCGGCGCUACCUAUCCGAGUCCGGCCCCGGGUCCUUCAUCCUAGAUGCCAUGAUCCCCGCGUACCGAACCGCCAGCAAGAUAUAUGGUAUGACGCCCACCCCUGUCUGGGCACUCACAACCACCCUAACCACACACCAGGAACCGGAAAGAAGGCGAAUCAGAGAAACGUCGUUGAAGGCCGGAUCGGCGACGGAGUCCUCUUCCCCAGCGCUGCCAUCGCCCUCCAGGCGCGCAUGGACGUGCUUCUUGAGAAUCGGCGGGCGAUUUUGAAGGGGAUAUUGACGCAGCUCCAUGGCAAUAUCAUGCGGGAUAUCGGAUUUGCGUUAGCCUCCGACUCGCGAGCGCAACGGGACGAUGGUCUGCGGGCUGCGGAUAGGGAUGAGUUGCAGGAGGCGCUGAAGAGAGUUGGGGCGUUGAAGGCCCGGGCGGAGAAUGUGCGUAGGGCUGUUGAGUGAGGGGGGCG